AUGCCGUGGACUAGCACCAAUAGAAUUUACGCUAAGCCCUCAAACACGAGUGGUGUUGAUAACGCGGAGAGACCUCAAACAGCUGUUAUGGCACCUACAGCCGCCACCGACACCGGCGGGAGGUUCGAGCUCAGCGACCAUGGCUAUGGCAAGAGCAGUGUCAAGCUACUCCACGUACACCGUGACAACGACUACCACACCAUCAGGGAGUUCGAGGUCUCCACAGAACUGAAACUGAUCUCAGAAACUGCGUACGUGCUCGGUGACAACAAAGAAGUAGUCGCUACCGACUCGCAGAAGAACACCAUUUAUUUACUAGCCAAGAAGCAUGGUGUGAAGACCCCCGAAGAGUUCGGUGCCGUUGUUGUUAACCACUUCCUGUAUAUGUACAAGCAAGUGGUUGCUGCCAAGUGCCGCGUGGUCGAGUACCCCUGGGAGCGACUGCAGUCUGGCGUGCCGCACAACCACGCCUUCGUGUUCUCCCCUACAGCUACCAGAUGGUGUGAAGUGUCUCAAACUCGUCACGAGGCUGUGGCAGUGAAGUCGGGACUGAGCGGUUUAAGGGUACUGAAAACGACACAGUCCGCGUUCGUAGACUUUGUACAGGACGAGUACACAACUCUCCCAGAUGCAGCAGAGAGGAUUUUCAGUACGGUAGUCGAAGCUGAAUGGACUUACGACAGCAUGCGCACAGCCAACUUCGACAACGCGUGGCUGACCGUGAAGGAAGCCAUCUUGGACAAGUUCGCUGGCCCACCGGACACCGGCGUGUACUCACCUUCAGUCCAACACACGCUGUACCAAGCUCAAAAAGUAGUUCUGGAGAAAGUACCGGAGAUCUCCUGGGUGCGGAUGACCAUGCCGAACAAGCACUACUUGAACAUCGACUUAUCAAAGUUCCCAGCCAACGUCACCAAAGGAGAUCCCCGUCACCAGAUCUACCACCCCAUAGACAAACCGGCCGGGCUCAUAUACGCCCAGUUGCGCCGGCGGCCGAAAAGCCAUCUGUGA